AUGCAAGACAUCCAAGCUCUCUUGAAUGGGGAAGCUCUCAAUCAUCUGGCGCCUGUUCCCGGGGGCCGAUGGCAGAUGCUGUCUCGCGUUGAUAACAUAAUCCUCAUCGCGUAUGUUUUGGAAAACGGGACCCAGAUUAUGACUACCACAGUCAAUGUAGCAUUUGAUGCUCAGACUGCUGCGGGCCUUUGUUGGCAGCACAUCUACAACUUCCCUGCAGCAACCUACAACCCAGGCGUGAUUUGGGAAGACGAUAGCUCACAGGCGCAACCUACUAUCAUCUCAAAUGCGCAGAUAGGGACCUCUGCUCCCACGAACCAGCAGCCAAACAACACUUGGACAGCAGGUCCCAUAGACGCCCAAGCUGGUGGCGCGCCAAUCUUAACCAAUCCUCAGCUCUCUGCACCAUAUCAACCCAUCAUCAACAACGUCCAGGGCCAACAGCAGCCUCACAAUCAAGCCCAGACACUUGCCGCACCAGACUCUGGAGGGAUGGACCCGUUUCAGCACACGCAGCCAGUCGACAUGUCUGGGGAUCCCUCAGGAGAUCUUUCUGCGUUCCAGGAUGGCGGCGGCACGGUAUUUGAUGCUGGGCAAUUUGUCGGCCAGAACGGACAAAUCCAGAACAUCCAUCAAUGGCAGCCUUUCCCAUAG